AUGAAACACUACGGGGCAUCGGUGCAAAAACGGUUUGCAAACAAUUGGGCAUUUGCGAACCGAGACUCAGCGACGGCAGCAAAUGGCAUGCAGUUCAAUCGGCUGUCAGGUCCAGUGUGCACACGAUUAAAUUUGGGGCCCGAUUAUCAUCGCUCAGGGUGGACGCUGAUAUCACGCUUGAAGCUCAUAACGGCGUACACAAACACCUCUUUUGUCAUUGCGAUGGGUGUACGUUUUGCCAUCGAUAAGAUUGUAUCGUUGCUAGCUGAGUCCAUAUGUACUGCGUAG